AUGAACCCGCCUACGCCUUGCCCUAACAGCAUCUGGACCUGCCCCCCUUCCUCCAACCUCCACCUCACCUUGUCCCACCUCCUCUCACCUCCUCCAACCACCACCUCACCUUGUCCCACCUCCUCCUCCUCCUCUCACCUCCUCCAGCCACCACCUCACCUUGCCCUGCAGCAUCUGGGCCUGCCCCCCUUCCUCCAACCUCCACCUCACCUUGUCCCACCUCCUCUCAUCUCCUCCAACCACCACCUCACCUUGUCCCACCUCUCACCUCCUCCAACCACCACCUCACCUUGUCCCACCUCCUCCAACCACCACCUGACCUUGUCCCACCUCCUCCUCCUCCUCCUCUCACCUCCUCCAACCACCACCUCACCUUGUCCCACCUCCUCUCACCUCCUCCAACCACCACCUCACCUUGUCCUGCAGCAUCUGGGCCUGCCUCCAUUCCUCCAACCACCACCUCAUCUUGUCCCACCUCCUCUCACCUCCUCCAACCACCACCUCACCUUGUCCCACCUCUUCUCACCUCCUCCAACCACCACCUCAUCUUGUCCCACCUCCUCUCACCUCCUCCAACCACCACCUCACCUUAACCUGCAGUAUCUGGACCUGCCCCCACCCACCCCCCACCCCCACCCCCCUGCCCUCUUCCACCAACCACCACCUCACCUUGUCCUACCAGCAUCUGGACCUGUCCCCUUUCCUCCAACCUCCAUUCAAUCACCUUAG